CCAUUACUCGCACUUCCAAAGCUUUUCAUCGCAACAUAACUUCAUUCGAAAUCUGGCUCUUGUUCUUUAUCUAUUUUUGAUACACAUCAUAUUAAUAUGAAAUUAAUUACUUCAAUCACGGCUAUUGCCGCUGCUGUGUCUGGUGCCGAAGCGUAUUGGAAGGGGUUCAAUCUUGCUGCAAACAAGCAAGACGGCGCCUGUAAAACUCGUGAGGACUGGGAGAAUGAUUUCAACCGACUCAAAGGACUCCCGGGCCACUUCACUUCUGUUAGGCUGUACGCCUCGAGCGACUGUAAUACGUUGCAAAAUGCCGUUCCCGCAGCCUUGAACACGGGGAUUCAGAUUCUUGUGGGGGUCUGGGCUCAAGACUCCGCUCACUUCACACGUGAGAAAGAUGCACUCUCUGCUGCGAUCCAGCAAUAUGGUCACGAUUGGAUCAUUGCGAUCAGUGUGGGAUCCGAGGACUUGUACCGCAAGGAUAUUGAUCCGAACCAAUUGGCUAAGCAGAUUUACGACGUGCGUGGAAUGGUGAGAAAUUUUGGAUUAUCCCAGGAGGUCGGCCAUGUCGAUACGUGGACUGCUUGGGUUGACGGCGCAAACGAGGUCGUAAUCACGGCAUCUGAUUUUGUGGCGCUUGACGGCUACCCUUACUUCGAGGGCUCGUCGAUUGAAGAUGCAGCAAACACGUUCUGGACAUCUGUGCAACGUACUCGUGACGUUGUCAACCGCGUCAAAUCUGGAACCUGGGUCUGGGUCACAGAGACUGGCUGGCCCUACAAAGGUGAAACCUUUGGGGGGAAGGCGGUUGCAUCUCAACAAAACGCUCAGACUUAUUGGUCCAACGUUGCCUGCGAUGCCAUGAACAACAUGCAUUUCUUCUACUAUAUCGACGUCGACUACAAUCAGAGCCCAUCAUUCGGCGUACUGGACUCCAACUUCAAUCCCAUCAUCAACCUGCAAUGUUAGAGAUGAUGGCACAAACUCCAGGCAUCUAGAAGCCCCUCCAAACAUUUCGAAUGUAAUAUAGUAUAGACUAAAAGGCAUCCACAAGCCAAAUAUUAUGUAGCAUAUAGAUCUGGCGGGACGUUCAAUAACCAAAUCCAAUCAUUGUACCUAUCUAUUGACUCGUGUCAUAUGAUCGCAAACGUUAAGCCACAUUGGUCC